AUGGCAGACACAAACGGCGUCACCAAUGGCUCUCCCAGCUCCUAUGCCGCCAAGCACAACCUGGCACCGCACUUCAUAGGCGGUAGCCAUCUGGCCGCCGCCGCGCCGGGCAAGGUCAAGGACUUUGUGGCGGCCAACGAUGGCCACACGGUCAUCUCCAAUGUUCUUAUUGCCAACAACGGUAUCGCCGCGGUCAAGGAGAUCAGAUCGGUGCGGAAGUGGGCAUAUGAGACGUUCGGCGAUGAGCGCGCAAUCCAGUUCACGGUCAUGGCUACGCCUGAGGAUCUGCAGGCCAACGCAGACUACAUCAGGAUGGCCGACCAAUAUGUUGAGGUUCCCGGCGGCACGAACAACAACAACUACGCAAACGUCGAGCUCAUCGUCGAUGUCGCCGAGCGCAUGGGCGUCCACGCAGUAUGGGCCGGCUGGGGUCAUGCCUCGGAAAACCCCAAGCUCCCCGAGUCCCUCGCCGCCUCACCGAACAAGAUCGUCUUCAUUGGUCCUCCCGGCUCCGCGAUGCGGUCGCUCGGUGACAAGAUCUCCUCCACGAUUGUCGCACAACACGCGGGAGUUCCCUGCAUCCCGUGGUCGGGUACGGGCGUGGAUGCGGUCGAGAUUGACGAACACAACAUCGUGACUGUCGAGGAGCAGGUCUACGAGCAGGGUUGCGUGCACUCCGUCGAGGAGGGUCUGGCGGCGGCCAAGAAGAUUGGCUUCCCCGUCAUGGUCAAGGCCUCGGAGGGUGGUGGUGGCAAGGGUAUCCGUAAGGUCGAGGAUGAGGAGACCUUCGAGCAGCUCUACCGCGCUGCUGCGAGCGAGAUCCCCGGCUCGCCCAUCUUCAUCAUGAAGCUUGCCGGCAACGCGCGGCAUCUGGAGGUUCAGCUGCUCGCUGACCAGUACGGCAACAACAUCUCGCUCUUCGGCAGAGAUUGUUCCGUGCAGCGUAGGCAUCAGAAGAUUAUCGAGGAGGCUCCGGUGACGGUUGCCAGCUCCGAAUGCUUCCAGAAGAUGGAGAAGGCCGCCGUCUCCCUGGGCAAGCUCGUUGGUUACGUCUCUGCCGGUACAGUGGAAUACCUGUACUCGCACGAGACCGACGAGUUCUUCUUCCUCGAGCUCAACCCCCGUCUUCAGGUCGAGCAUCCCACCACUGAAAUGGUUUCCGGUGUCAACCUGCCCGCUGCCCAGCUUCAGAUUGCUAUGGGUAUUCCUCUCCACCGUAUCCGCGACAUCCGUCUGCUGUACGGUGCUGACCCCCACACCUCGACCGAGAUCGACUUUGACUUCUCCACUGAGGAUGCUCUGGUCAACCAGAGGAGGCCUAAGCCCAAGGGCCACACCACCGCCUGCCGUAUCACCUCUGAGGACCCUGGCGAGGGCUUCAAGCCGUCCAGCGGUACCAUGCACGAGCUGAACUUCAGGAGUAGCUCCAACGUCUGGGGUUACUUCUCCGUCGGUACUGCCGGUGGUAUCCACAGCUUCUCUGACUCGCAGUUUGGUCACAUUUUCGCCUACGGUGAGAACCGUACGGCGUCGCGGAAGCACAUGGUUGUCGCGCUGAAGGAACUGAGCAUCCGUGGUGACUUCAGGACGACCGUCGAAUACCUCAUUAAGCUGCUCGAGACCCCGGCUUUCGAGGAUAACACCAUCACCACUGGCUGGCUCGAUGAGCUGAUCUCCAAGAAGCUCACUGCCGAGAGGCCCGACCCGAUGGUUGCCGUCAUCUGCGGUGCCGUCACCAAGGCUCACAUCGCUAGCGACCUUGCCAUCAACGAGUACAAGACUGGCUUGGAGAAGGGUCAGGUGCCUUCCAAGGACGUGCUCAAGACCGUCUUCCCGGUCGACUUCAUCUACGAGGGCUUCCGUUACAAGUUCACUGCUUCCAGGUCCAGCGCCGACGCCUACACUUUGUUCAUCAACGGUUCAAGGUGCCAGGUCGGCGUUCGCGCUCUGGCCGAUGGUGGUCUCCUCGUCCUGCUUAGCGGCAAGUCGCACAAUGUUUACUGGAAGGAGGAGGUCGGUGCUACUCGUCUCAGCGUUGACAGCAAGACUUGCUUGCUCGAGCAGGAGAACGACCCCACGCAGCUGCGCACUCCUUCGCCCGGUAAGCUUGUCAAGUUCACUGUUGAGAAUGGCGAGCACAUCAGGAAGGGCCAGGCUUUCGCCGAGGUCGAGGUCAUGAAGAUGUACAUGCCUCUGAUUGCGCAGGAGGACGGUGUUGUCAAUCUUAUCAAGCAGCCUGGCGUCACUCUCGAGGCUGGUGACAUCCUCGGUAUUCUCGCCCUGGAUGACCCUACCAAGGUCAAGUCCGCUCAGCUUUUCCUUGGCCAGCUGCCUGAGUUUGGUCCUCCCCAGAUCAUGGGUAGCAAGCCUCCUCAGCGCUUCACGUUCCUCUCUGGCGUCCUCCAGAACAUACUUAAGGGCUUCGACAACCAGGUCAUCAUGGCCGCCACCCUAAAGGAGCUCAUGGGAGUUCUUCGUGACCCCGAGCUUCCCUACGGCGAGUGGAACGCGCAGGCCUCUGCUCUGCACGCCCGUAUGCCUCAGAAGCUUGACACCCAGCUGUCGCAGAUCGUUGAGCGCGCGCACAGCCGCAACCUGGAGUUCCCUGCCAAGCAGCUCAUCAAGGCUUUCAACCGCUUCCUUGAGGAGAACGUUGAGCCGGGUGAUGCUACUCUCCUCAGGUCUGCUCUGGCUCCCUUGACGGAUGUCAUGAACCAGUAUAUUGAGGGCCUCAAGGUCCACGAGUACAACGUCAUGAUAAACCUUCUCGACCAGUACUCCGACGUCGAGACGCUCUUCUCCUCCCGCCAAUCGCGUGAUGAGGAGGUCGUGCUCAAGCUCAGAGAGGAGCACAAGGAUGACAUCGUCAGCGUCGUCUACACCGUCCUCUCCCACACUAGGGUCCAGUCCAAGAACAACCUCAUUCUGGCUAUUCUUGACUCUUACAAGCCCAACAAGCCCGGUGUUGGUAACGUUGCCAAGUACUUCAAGAGGACCCUGCAGCGUCUGACUGAGCUGGAGUCCAGGCCUACGGCCAAGGUUUCCAUCAAGGCUCGUGAAGUCCUGAUCCAGUGCGCCAUGCCCUCGCUCGAGGAGCGUACGUCGCAGAUGGAGCACAUCCUGCGCUCUGCCGUUGUCGAGUCCAAGUACGGCGAGAGCGGUUGGGACCACCGUGAGCCCGACUUCGACACCAUCAAGGAGGUUGUCGACUCCAAGUACACCGUCUUCGAUGUGCUGCCGCAGUUCUUUGCCCACCCCGACCACUACGUCGCUCUGGCUGCCCUUGAGGUCUACACCCGCCGCGCCUACCGUGCCUACCAACUGAAGCAGAUUGACUACCACAUCGAGGACGAGGGUCCUUUUGUCCUCUCUUGGGACUUUGCCCUCCGCAAGGUUGGCGAGUCUGAGUUCGGCCUUCCUAUCGAGUCGUCGCACCCCUCGACGCCCUCGACUCCCACGAUGGAGAAGCCAUCGCCUUUCGGCAAGCGCAUUCAUUCCAUUAGUGACAUGAGCUACCUCUCCAAGCGUACCGAGGGCGAGCCCACUCGCAAGGGUGCGGUCGUGCCGGUUCAGUUCAUCGAGGAUGCCGAGGAGUACCUCAUGCGCGCUCUCGAGGCCUUCCCUGCGGUUGGCACCCUCAAGAAGCGCACUUCCAGCGGCGGUAACGGCCUCAUUGCCGAUCUCUCCAGAAGGCGGGCUCCUGUUCCCCAGCUUGAGAGCGAGGACGAGCUGACUGCCGUCUGCAACGUUGCUGUCCGCGACGCUGAGAGCUUUGACGAUGCCGAGAUCCUGUCUCGCAUUACGCCCAUUGUCAACGACUACAAGGAGGAGCUCUUUGCCAGGCGUCUGCGCCGCAUUACUUUCAUCUGCGGUCACAAGGACGGUACCUACCCCGGCUACUACACCUUCCGUGGACCCAACUACGAGGAGGACAGCUCUAUCCGUCACAUUGAGCCCGCUCUUGCCUUCCAGCUUGAGCUUGGUCGUCUGAACAAGUUCCACAUCAAACCCGUCUUCACCGAGAACCGCAACAUCCACAUCUACGAGGCUGUUGGCAAGGGCGCUGAGAACGACAAGAGGUACUUCACCAGGGCCGUCGUUCGUCCCGGCCGUCUGCGGGAGGGCAUUGCUACCGCCGACUACCUUAUGUCGGAGGCUGAUAGGCUCAUGACGGAUAUUCUCGAUGCCCUCGAGAUUAUUGGCAACAACAACUCCGACAUGAACCACAUCUUCAUCAACUUCUCCAACGUCUUCUCUCUGCCGCCGCAGGAGGUCCAGGAGGCCCUUGCUGGCUUCCUGGAAAGGUUCGGUCGUCGUGCCUGGAGACUCCGUGUCACUGGUGCUGAGAUCCGCAUCAUCUGCACAGACGAGUUCGGCAUGCCUUACCCUCUGCGCGUGGUCAUCACCAACACUGCCGGCUACGUCAUCGACGUUGAGCUGUACGUUGAAAAGAAGUCGGAGAAGGGUGGUCAGUGGCUCUUCCACAGCGUUGGCGGCACCACUAAGAUUGGCGCCAUGCACCUUCGCCCCGUCUCGACUCCCUACCCUGUCAAGGGUGCCCUUCAGCCCAAGCGUUACAAGGCUCACAUCAUGGGCACGCAGUACGUGUACGACUUCCCUGAGCUGUUCAGGCAGGCUGUCGAGAACAGCUGGCACGCCAUCUGCGCCAAGCACCCUGCUCUGAAGGACAAGCAGCCGGUCAAGGGCGAAUGCAUCGAGUACAACGAGCUUGUGCUGGAUGACAGCGACACCCUGGUCGAGGUCAACCGCGAGCCUGGCGCCAACACGAUCGGUAUGGUCGGUUGGAUUGUCACUGCCAAGUCGCCCGAGUACCCUAAGGGCCGCCGCUUCAUCAUCAUCGCCAACGACAUCACCUUCAAGAUCGGUUCGUUCGGCCCUGCCGAGGACAAGUUCUUCCACAAGUGCUCGGAGCUCGCCCGCAAGCUUGGCAUUCCGCGUAUCUACCUGUCUGCCAACUCCGGUGCCCGCAUCGGUAUGGCUGAGGAGCUGAUCCCCCACUUCUCCGUUGCGUGGAAUGAUGUCGAGAACCCCGAGAAAGGCUUCAAGUACCUUUACCUCACUGAGGAGAAGAAGAAGCGCUUCGCUGAGGGUGACAGGAAGGAUGUCAUCACUGAGGAGAUUGAGGAUGAGGGUGAGGUCAGGCACAAGAUCACUACCAUCAUCGGUGCCGAGGACGGUCUUGGUGUCGAGUGUCUGCGCGGCUCUGGUCUCAUCGCCGGUGAGACCUCUCGCGCGUACGAGGACAUCUUCACCAUCACCCUGGUCACUUGCCGUUCCGUCGGUAUCGGUGCCUACCUUGUCCGCCUGGGCCAGCGUGCAAUCCAGAUCGAGGGCCAGCCCAUCAUCCUUACUGGUGCCCCCGCCAUCAACAAGCUGCUCGGUCGCGAGGUCUACACCUCCAACUUGCAGCUCGGCGGUACCCAGAUCAUGUACAAGAACGGUGUCUCCCACAUGACCGCCUCCGACGACUUCGAGGGUGUCAGCAAGAUUGUCAGCUGGUUGUCGUUCAUCCCUGACAAGAAGGGCCAGCCCGUCCCCAUCUCCCCUGCAGCCGAGUCCUGGGACCGCGACAUCACCUACUACCCGCCCCAGAAGCAGCCUUACGACGUCAGAUGGCUCAUUGCCGGUAAGGACGAAGAGGAGGGCUUCCUCUCUGGUCUCUUCGACCGCAACUCCUUCGAGGAGGCGCUUGGCGGUUGGGCUAGGACUGUUGUCGUCGGCCGUGCCCGCCUUGGCGGUGUCCCGGUCGGUGUCAUCGGUGUCGAGACGCGCUCUGUUGAGAACGUCACUCCCGCCGACCCUGCCAACCCCGACUCGAUGGAGCAGGUGUCCUCCGAGGCUGGUGGUGUCUGGUACCCCAACUCGGCGUUCAAGACUGCGCAGGCGAUCCGCGACUUCAACAACGGCGAGCAGCUGCCUCUUAUCAUCCUUGCCAACUGGCGUGGUUUCUCCGGUGGCCAGCGCGACAUGUACAACGAGGUGCUCAAGUACGGUUCGUACAUUGUCGACGCGCUCGUCAAGUACGAGCAGCCCGUCUUCGUGUACAUCCCUCCCUUCGGCGAGCUGCGUGGUGGUUCGUGGGUCGUCGUGGACCCGACCAUCAACCCCGCCUACAUGGAGAUGUACGCGGACGAGGACGCGCGCGGUGGUGUGCUCGAGCCCGAGGGUAUUGUGGGCAUCAAGUUCCGCCGCGAACGCCAGCUCGAGACGAUGGCGCGCCUGGAUGCGACGUACGGCGACCUGAAGCGUCGUCUGAGCGACCAGAGCCUGAGCAAGGAAGAGUUGCAAGAAGUCAAGGAGCAGAUGACUGCUCGCGAGCAGCUGCUGCUGCCCGUGUACGGGCAAAUCAGCCUGCAGUUCGCGGACCUGCACGACCGCGCGGGCCGCAUGGCCGCCAAGGGCACGAUCCGCCAGCCGCUGCGCUGGACCAACGCGCGCCGCUUCCUGUACUGGCGCCUGCGCCGCCGCCUCAACGAGGAGUACAUUGUCAAGCGGAUGGCGCUUGCGACGGCCGGCGGAAUUGCGGUCAAGGACACCGCCGCGCGCGCCGCGGCGCUGGCCGACUUGCGCGCUUGGUCGGGCUUCGAGGAGGAGGCGUUCGAGUCGGAUGAUAUGAGCGUCGCGACGUGGUAUGAGGAGAACAGGAAGGAGGUUGCUGCUAAGGUGGAUGAGCUGCGCGCUAAGAACACAGUCAAUGAGGUUGUGGCGCUGUUGGCUAGGGAUCGGGAGGCGGGCUUGAAGGGUGUGAGGGAGGCGUUGGAGUUGCUGCCGACGGCGGAGAAGGAGGAGUUGUUGAGGGGGUUGACGGGUGCGUAG